AAAAGCAAAGACUGCCGAAGAUCACACAGACAUCAUUACAAAACGAGGAGCCUCAACAACGCCAUCGAGGCGGAGGAGCGGACGCCGUCACUCCUCAUCGUCCUCCUCACCCAACAACGCCUCGCCCCCGCGCAGCAGCUCCUCCGUCGCCGCGCGCCACGGGUGGUCGCCAUCCAAAGCAGAAGCGUCGACCGUCACGCGCCGACAUGCGCCGUCCAAGCGGAUCUCGACCCCCAAAGCAGCCGUGGGUUCCUUCUCCAGCCGGUCCGGCCACUCGACCAAACAACAACACUCCGCGAGCGUCCGAUCCAGAUCCAGCACGUACGCGUCGCCCACGUCGCCCGCGAGCCUAUAGAGAUCCAUGUGGUGCACGACGAGGUCGCCCGGCAGGCCGUCCCGGCCGUCGUAGGCGUUGUCCAGCAAAUAGGUCGGCGACGUGACGCGCAUGCGCGCAUCGCCGCUCGCACUUCUCAAAAAGCCGCGCGAGAAGACGGUCUUGCCCGCGCCGAGGUCGCCCGAGAGGCAGACCGUGUCACCGUUCGCGGCCGUCGCUCCAAAAAUGCCGCCCAAGCGUUCCAUCUGGAUCUCCGACGCGAGUCUUAAUUGUGCGGCGGCCGGCGUCGAGGGCUUUGUGGCGAGGCCGAGGGCGCCCUUCGCGCCCAGCGCUAGGAGGCUGCGGAGGGCUCGCAUUGUGGUUGUGCUAGCACUUGCGCAACGGUCGUGGCGGUAAGGUGCGAGGUUUUGGGGUCACUGCGGUUACUGCGCUCUUUUGCACCAGCCUGAGAGGUUUUACAAGAGCUCUGCGCGGAGGGCCGGCUUCAGCUAGCUAGCGUCGU